AUGACGAAGGCUCAGCAUCACCAGCAUAUACCAAAGACUCUGGAAAACGCUGGAGAGUUUCGGAUGUUUAUUUAUGAGCUGACAGAGUCAAGAAUUUUUAGCGUUAGCAUCCUGUUCGUAAUUCUUCUCAACACAGUGAUCUUGGUGAUUCAAACUGACGAAGCAUUUGCAGUGAAAGCAGGUAAAGUUUUUAAAAUUGCAGUGAAAUCGCUUUGGAUAUUGGUUUUCCUUUAUUGUGAUGCUUGUCGGGGGAAAAAUAUUGAAUCUGUGAUGAAUGGUUUCGACUUUCCUACAGUAAUUAUUUAAGACUGAAAAAUAAUCGUUUUCCCAGUACAGUUGCUCCUCCGACAGAUUAAGUUCUGUGAAGAUUAUAAACACCAGACUGCAGAAUGUGACUGUGGAAUCUUUUAAACUUACAGCAGCAUUUAUUCGACCAAGUCUACCUGAACCUUUCCUCUAGAUAUGUUUCAUUAAUUUUCUAUUCUUGUUAUACCAUUUUGACCAAAUCGUUAUUUAUCGCCAUCAGACUGACAGUUAAAUUUGAAAUCACACCAGCCUUUUGAUCUAUAAAUGUGGUAAACAUCUUACAUGCUUUUAAACAGAGAACGAACACCGAUUUUCUCAGCCACUAAGCACUCAAGAAACUGCCGACAAGCAAUUUUUAUUCACGAUCUCAUACAAUAACAGUUUGAAUACCUCUUCCAUGAUCAAUUGCAGGUUGGUAUUUAUCGGUUCUCGACAACGUCUUCCUUGCUAUCUAUUUCAUGGAGAUCAUUGUGAAGCUGUAUGCUCUUCGCUCGUAUUUCUUCAAAACUGGAUGGAACAUAAUGGGUAAGUAAACAUGGCGCAGCCUACAGGAUUCACUUUAAGUUUACUUUUCACCUAGCAAAAAUUACUUGACGCGUUAAACCCUAAGAUGGAUCAGCAUCUAUUUUCUCCUUACAGUAAUAGUUCUGAAUCAUUGAUUAAGAUCAUGAGAAUAUAAAGCAAAUGAUUGCCAGCCUAGCUAAGAAGCUGUGAUUGUUAAGCAAAUUCUCCUUUUCAGUACCGAAGGAAAUGUGUAGAGAACAGUAUGGAGAAAAUGGAUGCUGUUGUUAAGGUGUGGAGGGUUAAUUGAUCAGUUUCUUAACAAUGACGAUCAUAUGCAGAAUAGCACUACAAUCCAGACUAAUGUGAUGCCGUGAAAAAUUUAGUUAAACGGACAUUAUGAGCAAUGUCCACAUUAGAGAAAUAUUUUUGCUUGCAUCCUUGUGGGUGAAAUGUUACAAAGGUAGUAGAUCAGUGUACAGGUAUUUUUGCUCAUGAAAGACUGACUGGAAUUUCUAUGGCUCUAAUUAUUGAUGCUGGACAAAUGACAGCCUUGAUUAAGAUAUAUCUCUGAACUUCACAACAUUCACAAUAACAACUAAAAAGUAUUAAGGGGAUUUAUAAGCACUCCUCUCCCCCCCCCCCACUUUCCAAUCUUAACACUCUUUGCUUUUUGAAAGCCUGGUAAAUUUUCCUAUUUCUAAAGAUAUCUUACUCAAAUUUUCAUUGACAGUAUUUAUGGGUUUUAAUGUUGAACAAUGUCGUUUUUUUUUUUAAUUAGUGCCAGACCCUGGGCAAACCUCUCCCUAACUCGUCUUAAUUCUUCCCGCGGGCGGAGAAACGCGCGUCCCGCAGCACUAAUAGUGAGGACCUACUGACAGACUAGCCUUUGACCCUGUAAACCCUAAAAGUGACCAGCAUCUAAUUUCUCUUUACAAUAACACUGCUAAACCAUUUAUUAAUAUCAUGAGAAUGAAGGAAAUGAUCGCCGACUUAAGAAGCUUUGAUCUUCAAAGAAAUUGUCCUUGUCAGUACCGAAAAGAUAUAUGGAGAAGAGUAUUGAGAGUAUGGAUACUGAUGUUAGGGUGUAAAGGGUUGAACUUCAAGCAAAUGAAACUUCCUAAAACAAUCGCCUUGGUUAAUAAUAGCGACGAUUGUACGCUGUACUUUUAAUCAUCUCACGGUCGUAAUUUUUGUGUUCUUUCCUAGACCUACUCAUCGUCCUUUUCACAGUUGUGGACUUUCUGCUGCCGCUGAUCGUGCAGAAUGUAGGUUCCUUCGAUGUGGCAGCCAUCUUUAGGCUACUGCGCAUGUUUAGAGCUAUCAGGGCGCUGAGAGCAUUGCGGGUGUUACGAACCAUCAGGUAAAGAUUUGGUGGGGUUUACUUCUGUGUGGUGUGUCCCUUUGGCAUUUGUACGAGCGUUGUUGUGCUAUGCAAUCUUUAAGCAAAAGUGACACUACUCUUUUAAUCUCCUACGUGCCCAUCGUUGUGGCGCGUUCUGCAAUACAAGGGGAGGUGGGGGGAAGGGUAGUGUGUUUGGUUAAAAUCUUAGAUUACGGCUAUGACAGGCCUUGCGCGAAGAAGCUCGGCCCCAGAGAAAAAGAGCUUUGAGUAUGGCCUUAACGGAGACACAUUGAAAAGCUUCGCUCAAUCCCUACUGUAACUUUGGCAAGACCAUUUGCGACUUCAACCAAAAUUACCACUACAUUGUCUGGAAUACAUGGGUUAAGAGGAUAUUAAUCAAACUCCAUGUAAGAGUGGGACGGAACGAGGAUUAAAAAAACCACAACAACAAUAUUAGUAUUUUACAGAACUGCGGCUUAAAGUUUAUUACUGAGCAAUUUCUAAAACUUUAGAAAACAAGUCUAUGAUAUAACCAAAUGAUACGGAAUCAUGACAUACUGUUCUGCGAUGAUCUUUCAGUAAAUCUUUUUGAUUUAGAGGCCUGAAUGUUUUUCUUUGAAGGUUUUUGAAAAAUCUACAAGUUAUCAUGACAACGAUCCUAAAAUCGUUCAGGGCGCUGAGUACGAUCGUUAUGCUACAGGGACUCUUCCUUUGUAUCCUUUGACUCCUGUUAUAAUUAUUUGUACAGCAAAUUUUUCUCGAGGCUUUACGGCUUGCCUUAUCGACUAUUUUUAUUCUCUCUCCGACCAUUUUCUGCGUUGCCCAGGCAGCUGGGCGUUUUGUUGGAGGUUUCAUCGGCGGAGCUGCUAAAAUUAGCGAUAGAACAAGCUCAGCUUCACUGUUUCAGCGCCCCUGCCUCUUUCUUUUUUCUCGUUUUAACAACAUGCCUAAAAACCGCUCGCGACGACGGCCAUCUUCUUUAACACAGCACGGUUUCAAGCAGAGUUAUUCUCUUCAAUAUGAGAUAAAAGCAUUUUACUUCUUUCGUAGAAUAGGCCUAAACUAUAUUUUGGUUACACUAGCGUAAUCUCAUUUGCAGAAUCUGUUACUGCAAUAGAUUCCUAACAAUGUGGUCUAUAGAUAUGUUUGCGGUGAUAGGUCGCGGGUUAUUUUAUGAAGUAGCUCCCGCCAGGUUUGGUACUCUGGGGAAGGCGUUCUUCACACUCUUCCAGCUCAUUACUUUGGACGAUUGGUUCUAUAUGUACAGUGAUGUUGUGGCGAGAAAUCCAGGUGGGCUAAUUUUUUUUUCUCAGCUCUUUUGAUCGCGUUCUGAAUAGGAAAAUGUAUGUGCCGCUAAUUGAACGCCAUCUCCUCGCGCAAAAAUUUGAUUUCUUUCAAAUCUUUUGCAACAACUUCUUUUUUUCUCAUUUUAAUAUCUUUUGCUAUUUAUUCCUUGAUAUAAUUUUUUAAUAUCUAUCUUUUGUCUCGUUUUUUCGUCUGUGUGUCCACUAUUCCAUCCGUCCGCUUGUUCAACUAUUCAUUUCAUAUUUAUGUAUGCAUUUUGUUCAUUCAUUCGUUAUUUCGGUCAGUCACUCAUGUUUUUAUCAUAUCUACUUUCUCCAUACAAUGUUCUUAGCACGUGAUCCUGAAAUCAAAGCAUAACUGUUAUUCCAUUGAUGAACACUUCUGAUAAAUAUUCAGACGCGUUUACUCUUAACGUUGCAAAUUUGUUCUCCGAGUAAUACUUACGUAUUGAACAAGUUUGUGAUCAAAACAGACAUAAACCAAAACCAAAUUAACAGCGGUCUUCCACCCCCUUUAAGAUCACUCAUUGCUGUCUGUCUAGCGUGCGAGCAGGCUCUCUGUUUGGGUUUCGCCUUUCAGCAAACCCACCUGUUAUAAUCGACAGCCGCUUCGGGAAAAAGUUGUUAAAAUACCUGAAUAACUUGUCAUUCAGAUGAAAGGUGUCCAAAGGGGCCCGCAUACUGUAAUACUGCUAUUGACUUAAGCUCAAAGUGGGUAAAAUCUUUUUAUCCUGUUCUAUUUCUGGUAGGUUAUGGUUACAUCAUCUUUUAUCUCAUCGUUUACAUCGUCCUGGAGAAUUUUAUCUUUAUGAAGUAAGAAUUUUCUGUUGUUCCUGUUGAUGUUAUUGGUGUUGUUGUUGCUGCAGUUGAAAGGGACCUUAUUACAAGAUCUCUCUCAAGAAAGGCUACAUUAGGCGAAGACGUUUAGAACUAGUGGAUGACUCAAGUGAGUUAUUGAACUUCCAUUUUCUUCUAAUUCCUCAUUUCUCUUAGUCUGUUCGUGGCAGUUCUGGUGGAUAACUUUCAGCGAACCAUCACAGCCGUGGAAAACAAGCCUCACAAGAAAAACAGCGGGAUUCACUUCAAGAGUGUCUUUGAAGACGUAAGAUCGGAAGAAAACUUUGUUGAAAUGCGAUCUAUGAGUCGGAAGUGUAACAACAGAUCUCAUAGUACCAGUAUAAGCAGUACAUUGAUCCCGUAUCUGUUCUUUCCAAAGUCGUUCCUUGAUAAUUUUAGGAAGCCUUAGGCUGUUUGUUUCUAUCAACAAAGAAUUCCAUUUUAUCAUUUAUUUUAAGGUAUUAUCAAAGAAACCCAAAAUUAAUCGGGAACGGGAUUAAAUGGAUUAAAUAAAGUUUUUACGUCCAAUGGUUUGUAACGGAAAAUCACUCAUUUUCUCUUUUUCUAAUCCUUUUAUUAGGUAAAGUCAGGCGAAGAAGGAAGUGCAUACUCUUUUUCGGACAAUUCUUUUUCCGAAUUUGAAGGUAAAAAAGGUCUGGGUUCGAGACCUGUCAGGGUCAUUGUGUAGUGUUUUAAGGCAAUACAUUUUACUUUCACCAUGGUCACCAUGCCUCUCUCCUCCCAGGAGUUUAGAUGGGUACCGGCGAAUUGUCAGGACUGCGUGAUGAAAUGCUGGACGAUCACCUUCCGAUUGACUGGCAUCUUACUCAGGCGGGAGUAUUAAUGGUCAGUCGCUUCCUAACCGGGAUAAGCCUCCUGGCAAGACCUAACCUACCUUUGAGGGAGUCCACCGAAGAAGUUGCAGUGGAACUUGAGUUAGAAUUGAAAAAAGCGUUACAAGGGUCUGAUUGGCUCUGUUACACUUGAACGCUCUCGUAAAGUUUACAGCAAAUGGGCACCGUCUUAAUUUUCACCAUUCUCAUAAGCUGAGGUGGAAAUAUUUUCAAAUUUUGUGGUCAAUGAGAGAUUUGUUUUCUUCUCUUUACUGUUGGUUGAUAUGUGGCUGAAGGGAAACGUGGAAGUGAAUGUUUAAUAUCAUUGUUCUAGUAGACGAGGAGGAGGAAGAAGACGCCGACAUCGUGAUUGCGAAAAAAGUGGAGGACUACUAUCCUAAAAAUAAAUUCUCUGACAGGUAUGAACAAAGCACAAGUUCCCAGUCUUCUUCCGUUAACCCUUUCACUCCUGGGACUGGUGUACAAGUGAUUUCUCCCUGGCAUGAUAUCAGCUUCAUUUCCAACAGAAAGGUGAAGGCAACAGUGAGAGAUAUCAACACCAGAAUAUUGUGUGAACAUCUGAUCAAACACCCAAUUCUUAAUAUUACCGCUAGAGCAACUCAUCCCCUCCAUUUACGUUAUCCCACACAUAGAACAACUGUCAUUAAUAUUUUAUUGCUUUCUAGGGAACGAGCUUUCAUCGCCGAAUAUUUUACCCUGCUCGUCUCUUUGGAAUACAACGUGCAAGAGAUGCACAGAGUACAACAGCUGGCAAACGAUCUCGUGGAUAUUACAGUCUCGGUAAAGCAAAUACUCUUUUUCUAAAGAAUAAAGGACCUUUCAUUAUUCAAAGCCUUGUUUGAGAUAAGGGAAGGGGAGGGGGAGGCGGGGGCUCCGGAGGAUUUUAGUAGUAUCACAUUGAAAUAAUAGAAUAUUAAUAUUAACCUGAUCCCCAUAGGGCCGUGUGAUAAAUGUAUGGAAACCCCCCCCCCCACCUCUCAUUGACAGUUGAUGUCCUAUAGUUCCCCUUUGACAUCCUCCGUUCCUCCAUUUCCCCCCGUCCCUCCCUCAUCUUCCCCAGGCGAUUAAAAAAGUGACUGGUACCUUAUGCUUGGAGCUAAGCUUUAAAUGCAGAGGCAGGUUAUUUAAAUCUUAACAAAUAUUAGUGUUGCUAUGGGAGUUUUCUUGUCUUCCUUUUUUCUUCUUUUUUUCCUCAACAACGUUUCCUUAAUAACGUUAACAUGUCAGUCGCAGAAAUAUUCUCAAAAAGGUACGAGGCCAUGUGCGAUAAACAAAUGUGCGUCGAUCAAUUCGAAGCUUCAAUAUCUUCGGCAACUCCUGAGACAUUUGAACUUCUGUUGAUUGGUUUGUUCAAAUGACCCACCCAAUAUUUUGUAAUAGGCAACAUCAGCGACUGUGACUCUUUACGCAUUUUCCAAGCUUAGUAACCUAGACCUUGUGGACCUUUUUUUUUUUUUUUAGCCAUUUGCUCCCGAAAAUGAACUACAUCUCAAUAUGUAAAAGUAAUGAUCCAUUAAAUAUUUUUGCGCGCGCGACUGGUCUAAACGCAUCACGUGACCGAAUAUGGGGGGGGGGUAUCCGAGGACCAAGUGAUAUUCAACAAUUUUUAAACCCUACGUCCACUACGAUAAGCCUUCGUUUAAUAUUUAAUUCAAGGUAAGACAGCGUUUUGUAUUUGAUACAGAAGGGAAAUAUUUAUUCGUUUAUCAUGUCGUAUCAGAGAACACUUUUACUCAGCAAAUAGUAAGCUGUUCAUAAACAUUUUUUCACGCGCGUUGCAAAAUCUUUGAAGGAUAAUAAUUACAACAGCCUCUAUUUUGCGCAAAAAUAUGCUUGUAUAUUUGUCCUUGGACAUUAUUUGUUCCUUGAAGCACACAGUUUUCCCCGAGCUUCGCUGUCGGAUAACUGUUCGCAUCUUGGAAUAGGAUAAUGUCUGCGGACAAAUAUCCGUGGAUAUUUUCACGCCAAAUAGAGGUCAUAGUUUUUACAUAACACUUGUAUUAUCCUAGAAAAACCUGGAACUUCCGAUUCAAAUUCCCAGGUACGGUUCAAAUGCUCCAUCUCUGGACACGGACGACAGUCGAAUGCCCGUUGGUUUCCUGAGGGAGGGGCGGAAGGGGAGACGCAGCUUCGAAUUGAUCGGCGCAUUAAGUCUUAACAAAUAUGAAGCAUUUAUAUUUGAUCAGUUUAAUCUCUGAGUGAUCGAUUUUUCUAGAUACCUGAUGUACCAGAGGAGUUAAUCUGA